AUGAUUGCCCCCCUUCUCCUAUCUCAUUACCAGAGUAAAGAACAACUUCUAUCUUUUAUAUACUCUAUCUCUCUCUACAAAAUGGAUUCGAGGACUCUGGUGCUACUGCUGCUCUUUUGCCUCAUGUUCCUGCAUGAUGCUUCUGAUAUCACUCACGCCAAUGCCAAUGUUCAUGCACUUCCCAUUCGCAAGAUGAUGGUAAUGAAGAAGGAUAAUGAAUGGGGAGGAGCAAAUGGAAUUGAAGAAGAGAAGGAGAAGGUUUUCGGGUUAAAUGAAGAACUAAGGACUGUCCCUUCAGGACCUGACCCUUUGCACCAUCAUGUGAACCCCCCAAGAAAGCCACGAACCGACUCUCAUAUCCCUUAAACCUCCUUUUUUUUCUAUGUAUUUCGUAUUAUAAAUUAACUCUGCUGUUUAAUCGGUUUCAUGUUGAGGGAUUUUCUGUUUUAUCCCUCACUUUCCCUAAGGUUGUGAUGAUAGUUAAUGUAAGAUAAGCACCACUUUUGUUUCCCAUGGAUCUAUUUAGGAACCCCAUUUUGAUGUA